AUGCCUAGAUUCUCAGUCGCUUUUGGAAGGCGGCGAUCGACCGUCAACUCGGAGGAGUUCCUCCAGAAUGGGCCGGUAGCAACGGGGGAUCAGCAACAACAGCAAUCCUCCUUCCGCGUGUUGGAGAGAACAGAGGUUGGGGGCAACAAGUCGUUUGACGGAGGACACAGGCUGCUCAAGGCCGCGACGACAGCUAUUCCACCCAAGUACGACCUGUCUUUGGAGGACAACAUGUUUGCAGACGUGAAAAACAAUCGCAACGUCUCGACCACACCGUCUUCGGCUGACCUCGGUGCCCAAGGGCCUCAGGAAGAAUGGAGAAACUCGAUUAAGAAAUCUCAUACCGACCUGCCAGCUCCCAAGCACAGUUCUGGCGGAUUCCUCAGCAAAGCCGGCAGGACCUUUUCCUUUGGCGGUCAGAAGAAGAACCAAGCCUCCGUCUCUUCCGUUGACGACCAUCCUCUGCCUCCGCCGCCCUUGCCCACCCAGGCCUCGGAGGACGACCUCAGCCGCAGACCGAGAGGCCUGACAUCCUCCACGGCCAGCACGGCCACGCCUCCAAAGCUCAGCGAGGAGGAAUUCAACCUUAACCUCGGCGGUGAUUUUGGUAACAUGUUCAAGGGGUCUGGAUUUGACAAGAGAGCUAGCCAAAUGACGCUUCAAGGCAACGACAAGUCCAAUCUGGGACCUCGCUCCCUAACCUCCAACAGAGUCAAUCAACCUCAACCCUCCCCCAUCAAGAUUGAUAAGUCCAUCAAAGUCGAGGCCUCGCCCUAUUCAUGGAGCAGCCAACACUCCAACGACAACCUGCUUCACGACGACAACAUGUUCCGAUCUGGCCCCGGAUCUCCCACCAACACUGACCGCACAACUGUACCGCCACCAGUGCCCCGUCACGCCUCGCCGCUGGCCUUCCGUAAUAACGUACCAUCUGACAUCGUCGAAGAUGAGGAUGCGAAGUUGCUGAAGGACUCGAUUAAUGCCAGCCGAUUCCUCGGCAACCACCAACCCAGCAACCCGUCUCCGCCGGGAAGAUUCCGCAGAAACGAGGACACAUUCUCAACAGGGUGGGAUGAUGCAGGUAGCAAAAGGGAGGAGGAAAACAUGUUUGAAAACACCGCGACCCGCCCACCGAAGCCUACGCACCACUACAGCUCCGGCAGUGGUAGCAACCCGAGCCCCCCUCGAAACAAAGUCAUGACUCCCGCCGAGUUCGAGAAGUAUCGAAAAGACAAAGAACGCCGCGACAGCACCAGCGAGACGGUGAAGGCAUCGAACGAGAGCCGAGAUGACGACGACGACCAGUACGAGGACGACGAGGAUGACAUUGAAAAGGCAAAGCUGGCUGCUAAGCAGAGGAGGAAGCAAGAGGCACACAUGGCAGUUUACCGACAGCAGAUGAUGAAGGUGACGGGCGAACAGCCGAACCUACCGUCAGAGCAUACUGCCCGGCCCAGCCUGCCCAUGUCUCUCAGCACGCCCAACCUAGCCGUGCCGCCCGGCCCUCUCACCGGCAAAUCGGACGGCUCGGAAGAGGAGGACGAGGGAAUUCCGCUUGCCAUUCUCGCCGCACACGGCUUCCCGAACAAGAACAAGCCGCCGGCACGUCUUAUGAACAUGGCUUCGAACCCUGAUCUGCGAUCCUCCAUGCAGUCACAAUCCGCUCAACCUCAGCGGCCGGGGUCAAGUAUGGGUGAAGGUGCCGGUGCAAGGGGGUCUGGCGGCCAUCUUCCUGCUUUUGCUCGGAAGCUGCCCCAGGACCCGUUCCUUGGUGCCGGUCUCAUCAACGCCCCUCCGCGCGAGUCGUUGACUUUCGGCGGCGGCUCACCACUGCCAGGUGCUGCUCCUCCAGCCGUGCCCAUGGGUGGUCUCGUCGGUGUCAUCGCCAGCGAAGAGCGCUCCAGAGCCAUGCGCAGAGGCAGCCCCAACAUUGAGGCGCAGAACGUCAAUCCUUUCACCGGUGCCCCGGUCGACCCUGCUGCGGGACUUCCGCCGCAGAUGAUGUACAGCAACAUGAACGGCAUGAAUGGCGGAAUGAACAACGGCAUGAACGGUAUGAAUGGCGGCAUGGGUGGUAUGGGACAGAUGGGCGGUAUGGGUGGUAUGGGCGGCAUGCCCCAGAUGCCUCAAAUGCCUCAGAUGCCCCAGAUGCCCCAGAUGAUGCUCACCCCAGGAGACCAGGCGCAGAUCCAGAUGACCCAGCAGAUGCAGCAAUUCAUGCAGAUGCAGAUGCAGUUCAUGCAGAUGAUGGCCACGCCAAACCAGCAAAACAUGAACAUGAACAUGAACAAUGGUAUGGCAAGGCCGAUGAGCCACGUGAUGACGCCGUCGAUCAACGACAGCCAGCGGCAGUCAUUCUUCGGCGACUCGAUGCUGGAGCCGCCCCAACUCGACUCUCGUUCGAGAACUAUGAGCAUGGUCCAGCCCAGCUCGGCCUCGUGGAUCCAGCCCGUCGGCGGGUACACACCGUCCAUCCAUGGAGGCAUGGGCGGCGGCGGUUACGCGCCCAGCAUCCACGCGCAAGGCGCCGGGUAUGCCCCCUCGAUCGCACCCUCGGAGCGAAGCAACGUGGGCUUACCAGGGCGUUACAGACCAGUGACGCACGCUCCCCAACCCUUGGACUCGGGCCGGCGAAUGUCAGUCAUGUCAGGCGCCGCGGGAUGGGAUGAGGCGCCCAAGGUUAUGCAGCAGGAGAACAAGAUGGCAUCGCAGAAGUCGGGCAACCCCUCGGACGACGACGAUGAGGAGGGAUGGGCGGCGAUGAAGGCCAAGAAGGAGAAGAAGCGGUCUCUGUGGAAGACGAAGAAGAGUAUCGGCAGCGAGAUCGGUGCAUUGAUCUCCUAA